GACAGUCUGCUAAAGGAAGACUCAAUGAAGCUUCAGUUGUUAACAUACAUCAAUACACUUUGUACUCAAAACAAUAAGAACUGUCUGGCAGUACUCAAGAUUGCUGACUGGAAGGAGUUGUUACUUAAGUUUUGCAAUGAUAAUGAAGAUUCUGACAGUCUCCAGUCAUUGCUCUAUCAGUUGUUCCAUACUCUAUUGAUGUAUGCUAUGAAAGAAGAGGAAGAAGGAUGGAGACUAUGGACACAGCUAGCUGCUACCAUUCACUCAUUUAGGGUAAAGAAAGGUCUAGCUACCCACAGGCACUUGUCAUCUUCAGUUAAACCAGUUGAAGGUGGGGAGCCACCAGCUGGUAAAACUGACAGUCAGUCAUCACUCACUCCUCUAUCAGUGAGAGCUUUGCAGAGACCAAGAACUGCUUCUAGAUCAAAAGUAACAGAUGAUGAUUCUGAGUUAGAGUCACAGUCAGAAAUAUCAUUAUCGGAUUUUAACACAGCCAGUACUACUGGCCUUGAGAUAACUGGAGCAGAAUCAACACAACCAAUAUCACCUCUUGUGGAAUCAACACUAACUGCUAACACUGCUGAUACUAACACUGAUAUUAACACUGAUGCUAACACUGAUACUAACACUGAUUCUAAGACUGAUACUAAGACUGAUACUAACAUUACAGUGAUGGCUCCUAAGCCUCAUCAGUUACAUGGGAAGAAGAAGUAUCCAAAGUUUGUCUGGUCAGUGGAUCACUGGCACCUGUUCAAACAAAUAUUGAACUCAAUUCAAGAUAUAAUUGAUAAAUGGAAUGAUAAGUCACUAACUGAACGAGCUAAUACUAACCUGAUUCAAAACACAGUUCAACUAUUAUCCCCUCAGCUGUCCCUGGAGUUAGGGUCCCUCCCUCUUGAAGACCCUUCUUCUCCUCCUCCUCCCCUCACUCCUGAUACCCUGAGGUUCUCUCGUAGUGAUAGUUUUGGCAGUUCAGUUGCUUCAGCUUCAGACCUUAAGGAAGUACCCCCGGGGGAUAAGCCAAUGCAGUUCUUUGGAGCUGAGGGUGUGCUCCACCCACCAACUACAGUACCUCUUAGCCAGGCUGUUGACGUCUCCGAACAAGUGAGUGUUAGUCUCCGAUUGGCCGGAGGGUGUUUAUGUCAGGUGCUGGUUGAUCACAAGUCAAUUCUCAGUAAAGUACUGACGACUGUUGAUGGGAGAAACCUUCUAAGUGAAGCUGCUCUGAAACUAGCAGAAGCUAACAGUACUGUUGAAAUUACAAUGUUACUGUGCUCUCAGGAGUGGCAGACAUCUUUACAGAAAACAGCUGCUAAAUAUUUCUCAUCAUUAAUCACAGAAGGACGUCACAUUACUCAUAUCUCUGAGUCUUUCAUUCGUACUCUGGCAAUGAACGUAUCACAAAGUAUCAAAUCAAAUCAAGAAAUAUCAACUAAUGUAUUCACAAAAUAUGAA